AUGUCAACUACUAUUCCUAAAUUAGCUACUCAAGUUGUUCUCCAUCAACCACCCACAGGGUUCAUUCGUUCUGGUUUUGGUCAACCUGAUUCAACAUUUGCAAUCCAUGAGACUGAGAUUCCCGGGUUGCAGAAUGGACAACUUUUGAUAGAAAUAUUGUUGAUCUCAAAUGAUCCAACACAAAGGGGUUGGAUCAGAAGUAAACAUAGUGGAAUUAGGCAUUACGCUCCAGCCAUUGAGGUUGGCGCCCCUAUGGAGUCGUACGCUUUGGGAAAGGUAAUUGAGAGUAAGUCUGAAAAGUAUCAACAGGGUGACAUUGUGACGGGUAAAUUCUACUGGGCUGAUUUUGCUAUUGUUGAAGAAAAUAGGGUAUUUAACAAAACACAACCUGAUUUAAAAGUUCCACUAGAAUACUAUCUUUCGAUAUUGGGAAUGACGUCUUGGACAGCAUUACUUGGGCUUACCGAAGCUGGUGGUUUAAAGAAAUACUUGACGGAGAAGCCUCAAAAAUUAGUAGUGUUGGUUAGUGCUGCAUCCGGAGCCACGGGUUCAGUUGUUGUCCAGGUUGCAAAACACUUGUUGGGUGCUACCAAGGUUAUUGGUAUUACAGGUUCUGAUGAAAAAUGUCAAUGGGUAAACAGUUUAGGAGCAGAUUUCAGCGUAAAUUACAAAGACUCCAAUUAUCAAGAGAAGCUUGAUAAGUAUUUGGGAGAUGAAUUGGUUGAUGUUUAUUUCGAUAAUGUGGGCGGCCUGAUCUUGAACUAUGCUUUAACAAAGAUGGCUAAAUACGGAACUGUUAUUUCUUGUGGCUCUAUUGCAACUUACAAUGGUGCCGAACAAGCAAAUGUCAGCAACUGGCGUGAAAUUACAGUGAACUCCUUAACUGUGAAAGGGUUUAUUGUUACUGACUAUUAUGCCCAAAUUCCAGAAGCGGUGCAAAUUCUCACAAAAGCAGUGAAGGAAGGUAAACUCAGAACAAAAGAUGCAUACCAUGUAGAAACCUUGUCAGGGAAUGAUUUGUCAGCAAGGUUGGAGCAAAUUCCAAAGAUCUGGGAUCAAUUGUUUUCGGGAGAAAAGCCAAACGGGAAAUUGCUCACAAAACUCAAGUGA